AUGGAACAUGCCGGGUUGGCUAUCAUUAUACCUUCGUUUUACGGAGGUAUUUUCCUCCUUUUUGUCCUCUAUGCCUGCAUUUUUUACUUAGUAAAACCUGCAGAGGAGGAAAAUGACGCUCAGGGACAACCUCCGGAGGGGGUGGAUGUUGCUCAGCCGCCUGCUCAGCCGGGACAACCUCCGGCGGGGGGUAAUGAUGCUCAGGGACAACCUCUGGAGGAAAUGAAUGUUGCUCAGCCACCUGUUCAGCCGGGACAACCUCCGGAGGGGGGGAAUGUUGCUCAGCCCCCUGCACAGCCGGGACAACCUCCGGAGGGGGGGAAUGUUCCUCAGCCCCCUGCACAGCAGGGACAACCUCCGGAGGGGGGGAAUGUUGCUCAGCCCCCUGCACAGCAGGGACAACCUCCGGAGGGGGGGAAUGUUGCUCAGCCCCCUGCUCAGCCGGAACAACCUCUGGAGGGAGGAAAUGCUGCUCAGCCGCCUGCUCAGCCAGGACAACCUACGGAGGGGAAUGCGACUCAGCAUGAACCAGAAAUAUUUUUCAGCAUGGCGACGAGCCAUCACGAUAGUGUAAUAGCCGGGAUCGAGAAUCCGAGAACUAUAUUUUCAAUUUUAGUCACUGGGUGGAAUGCCUGUUGGCCUGUUGCUCUGAAUUGGGUUGUCACUAAGGGGAAUGCGUGUUGGGCUCCUGUUAAGAAUUGGGCUGUCACUGAGGGGAAAGCGUGUUGGGCUGCUGUUCGGAAUUGGGCUGUCACUCGGUGGAAUGCUAUCAUGCAGAGGGCACCACAGGGGGCCGACAACGCUUAA